AUGGUAGCCCUUGCGGACAAGGUCCUGGUCGGGCCAUUUACACUCAAGGAAUGGGAAGACUUCCUCGCCAACGACCCGCCCGAUGAUGGCGUCCGCCUCCUCCUCCGCAAGUCCAAGUCCUCCGCUCCGGGAAUCGAAUACACCGCCGCAAGAGACGCAGCCCUCUGCUUCGGCUGGGUGGACAGCACUGCACGGGGCCACGACGACGACUACCAGGAGAGAUGCUUCACGCCGCGACGGGCACGUAGCCGCUGGUCGCAGGUGAAUCGGGAGGUUGUAGAGAGGUUGAUGGGCGAGGGCCGGAUGCGUGAGGGUGGGCUGGCCGAGGUCAACCGGGCGAAAGCAGAUGGGAGGCUAAUGAACAUCAAGGGGCCGGCGACGAAGACUAAGAAGAUACAAUUGUUUGUCGAGAUUUUGGAAAGGAAUGAGACCUUGAAGGCAUAA